AUACCCCCGAAGAAGAAGACCGCGAGCGGCGGCUCGCGCAACAAGGGCAAGAUGACGAUCAACCCUCGUUCUCUUCGGCGCAGGGCCCAGAUUGCGGCGGUCGAGGGCCCAGAGGACCAGAAGAUCACGCCAGAUCAGGACGACGCGGAGAUCCCAGGCCGGGAGGAGCUGGGCGACCCGGUCGAGCGGGCUCGGAUGGAGCAGAUGCUGGCCACCGAAGGGAUGAGCGAGGUGGACAGGCAGUUCUUCUCGCAGGGUCACCUCCACCUCGAGGCGAGCGACCACCGCUGGAGGCACCUCCGUCUCAAGGCGAUGUGGUUCUGCCGGGCGCGCAUCAGCACGGUCGACGCGGUGUCUCGGCGCCCGGGCGCCCAGGAGGAGAUGACCCAGGAGGGCUGCGUCCAUCCGCCGUGGGCCAGGUACUCGAGCAGCAACCAGCACUGCUACUGGACGGACUGCCUGCAGCGCAAGGGCCGCCCGGCGCGCCGGCAGAAGACAGACGAAGAGAAGGCCGAUGCGCAGCGGAAGAAGGCCCGGAUGCAGGCGGAGCUCGAGCAGAUGAUCAAGGAUCACGACCUCCAAGGUGAGGGCCCCUGGACUGCCCCGCCACGCCCCAAGGCGCCGCCGCUCAAGCUCGGCACCCCGGAGCACCACCAGGGCUACGCCCCGCGGAAGCCACCGCCUCCGGGGGCGCCCCUGCCCAAGAGGGCAAACCCCCCGCCUCGCAUGAGGGCCGCGACGGUGGCCGAGAUGCAGCAGGCCCUUUUCGACAUGAACCAGCUGGUCGAGAGCCAGCACAGGAGCAGCGAGCGGUGCUUUCAGCGGAUCAUGGACAUGGCGACGCAGCAGGACCGCCAGCUCAAGGAGGCCACCGGCCAUCCGAAGGUCGCGGCGGACGACGGCCUUGGCGAGAUGAAGAAGUUCGCGGAGCAACAGAGCGAGCUGAUCACGCAGCUGAUGAGUCGCCCGCAGAUGUCCGAGACCGACAUGGCCCGCCUCGUCCACGUGGCGACGAGCCUGACCCAGCCGGGCGCUGCGCCAUCGCCGGAGGUCUCGGAGGCAGCGGGCAGCCCAGGGCAGGCGGAUCGCUCUGGCAGCUGA